GAAAAAUGAGAAUUUAUAUAUUGAAGUAAAAAAGAUAAUAUUUUAAAAAUGUCUGAAUAUAAUGGAGUGGUUACUUCUUUAAAAUCGGAUAAUUCGAAAGUGUCGGUUACGUCUACAAUUGCUAUAAAUGGUGCACAUCCAAUGGCGAAGUGUUCAGAUAAUAUUGUUAACAAAUCAAAAGAUACUAAUGCAUGGAAGGAUUAUAAGAAACUUAAAACGUAUCUUAUACUUAAGGAUAAACAAAACGAACAGAUAUCAAACACUCCUGAAAAUGAUCGAUCUUAUACAUUGCGGAAAAGACCAACCCCUGUUACGGAGCGCACAAUUUUCGUUUGUUAUACAUGUGGUUGCGAUACGCCUUCCUCUCAAUUACGCUUAGUCUAUUGUUGUCCAAAUGCGGAACGUGAACCGUACUACCCAUUUAUAAAAACAAUGAAAGCUUUUAAAAGUGCUAGUCCAAUUAGUCCUCAAGGAAUGGUUCAGAUAUGUUCCUCUUGUUAUGAUAAACACUCGCAUUUAGCAGAAGGUGGAAAUCCGGCUGUGCCGGUAUCUAAUAUAGCAGCACAUAGCGGCAUAGCCGGUGCUUCUGAAAGCGGUGCAGAUAAUGGCAUAGCCUGUGGUACCGGAGCUUCUAAUGUUAAUACGACAGUAAAUAAUAUAACAGGGGCUAGUCUGCCUACCGGAGGUGGUGGACGAUAUACACCAUCUGAAAAAUCCUUAGCAAACUCAGAUUCCACAAGCAAUGUUCGCUUUAAGCCAUAUGAGACUAAUUCAAAUUCUUCGUCAACACAACGUGAUAUAAAGCUCAAUAGACGAAAUGAUUCCCGACCAAAUACACCUACAUCCAAUCAAGGACCAACAGAAAAUGGUCAUGCACAAUAUCCCUGUUAUGUUUGUAAAACAAUGUGUUUUUCCAAUAAAAUGGAGUGGUUGUACACAAGUGCUGAGCAUAUGAAUUCCCAUGCAAUGCAUUUUCCUUGCUUAAAAGUGAGCAACAAUAGCAGCAAUAAUAGUAAUAGCAAUGGACGAGACGGCAAUACUAAUAUAGCGCAUAAUAGUGAUCCAAAUAGUAAUCGCAUAUUAGCUUGUAAGGAUUGUGUUAGUAAUUUAUCAAAACAAUGGGAAACUAUGGAUGCUGAACGUGUACCUUUAGAACACAGAAGAUACAACAUUCCUUAUUCAAUUGCCUCAUUAAGUUCACCAAAUGGUUCACGACAUGGUAUGAAUAUUAAUACACCUCCAUCGACACCUUCAGUUUCUUCAACACCUGCCAGUACUUCAAUUUAUUGUUUUCUAUGCGGUUUACACUCGGAUUUAACGCUUGCUCGAGUUUUAUACGCUAGCAAAGAAGGUUCCCGACCAUAUUUUCCUCAUUUGCUCAAUCAUAAAUCACCACAAAAUGCUGAGCAAUUACGAAAUGAUUCAUCAGCACUGGUAUGCACAUUCUGUUACCACUCUCUUCUAAAUCAGUGGCGAAAAUAUGAUUCACAAAGUCCUAGUGUUAAUCCAACCAAUAGAAAAUAUAAUUGGCAUGAUUACAUAUGCCAUCUAUGUGGGAUAACAACAUAUCGUAAACGUGUACGUGCGCUUCCAGUUAAUGAUUUUCCAUUUGUUAAGAAUCGUAAAAGUGAUGAAGGCCUUCUCUUAGAGAAUGGCGACUACGCGGUUGUAUGUUUAGAUUGCUAUGAAAGCCUAAGUGAUAAAAACUUGAACGUUGAUAAACUCAGCCAUGGCUAAUGUGGUUCUAUCACCAAUUGGUAAAAAUAUGUUGUGAUACCAUUGUAGAGCUAUUCUCAGAUGAAUGCAAUAAGAAAGGAAACUGCUGGAAACGAGUAAAUGGAAGAAAAUGGAAUAUCUAGUACACAUUAUACGCACGUCAAAAUACGAAUUAUAAAUGAAAUGAGUAUAAGAACCCGAAAAUCUUAUGGAGGUGAUGCAGAAAAUGUGUAGAGCAAAUUCAAUUUUCAUGACUUUCAGACCAUCGUAAAACUAAUAAACUAAGCACGAUCAAAAAAAAAUAUAUACACAGUGAUUAUAAACAAUAUAAUGUAUUAUUGUACAACAGUCCUCGCACCAUGAUCGCUUCGGUGUACCGAUUUCCUUGCGUGAAUAUAAUUGGGUACCGCAACCACCGCCACCUGAGGAUAGU